CAGGAGUGUCUGGUGCACAGGCCCCAGCCCAGUUUGGCAAAGAUAAAAAGCCCGUCAGUGACCCAGCGGCCCAUUGCUUGCCUCCCGCCCAGCCUGUAUCUGCUCCCUAGACAGCCAUGCGGUCCUCUGUGUCCCGGCAGACCUACUCCACCAAGGGGGGAUUCAGUUCCAGCUCCACUUGUGGCGGUGGAGGGCCCCGGGCCCGGACCAGCUAUAGCUCCGUGACAGUGUCCCGGGGCAGCAGCGGGGGGGCCCGCUAUGGUCCCAGCAUGGGCGGCUUUGGCAGCCGAAGCCUUUACAACCUGGGGGGCAGCAAGAGCAUCUCCUGCAGUGUGGCUGGGGGGUCCUCUGCGGGGCGCAGCCUGGGCGGCAUGGGCUUCGGCUCGGGGGCUUUCACGGGCUUGGGGGCUGGCAGGCAGUUUUUCGGGCCGGUCUGUCCCCCUGGUGGCAUCCAGGAGGUCACUGUCAACCAGAGCCUGCUGACACCCCUCAACGUGGAGAUUGACCCAGAGAUACAGCGAGUGCGGACCCAGGAGCGUGAACAGAUCAAGACCCUCAACAACAAGUUCGCCUCCUUCAUCGACAAGGUGCGCUUCCUGGAGCAGCAGAACAAGGUGCUGGAGACCAAAUGGGCCCUGCUGCAGGAGCAGAGCCAGAACACUGGCAUCACCAGGAACAACCUGGAACCUCUCUUUGAGAACUACUUGAACACCCUGCGCCGGCAGCUUGAUAGUGUCCAGGGUGAGCGCGGGAGGCUGGACGCUGAGCUGAGGAACGUCCAGGAUCUCGUGGAGGACUUCAAAAGCAAGUACGAGGAUGAAAUCAACAAGCGCACUGCUGCGGAGAAUGAAUUUGUGGUGCUCAAGAAGGAUGUAGACAGCGCCUACAUGGGCCGAAUGGAUCUGCACGGCAGAGUGGGCACCUUGACCCAGGAGAUCGAAUUCCUGAAUCACCUGUAUGAGAUGGAGCUGAGCCAGGUGCAGACUCAUGUGUCUGACACCAAUGUCAUCCUGUCCAUGGACAACAACCGCUGCCUGGAUCUGGACGGCAUCAUCGCUGAAGUGCGCGCCCAGUACGAGGAGAUUGCCCAGAGGAGCCGGGCCGAGGCUGAGGCCUGGUACCAUUCCAAGUACGAGGAGCUGCAAGUGACAGCCGGGAAGCAUGGGGACAACCUCCGGGACACCAAGAACGAGAUUGCAGAGCUCACUCGCACUGUUCAGAGGCUGCAGGGGGAGGUGGAUGCUGCCAAGAAGCAGUGCCAGCAGCUGCAGACUGCCAUCGCCGAAGCCGAGCAGCGCGGGGACCUGGCGCUGAAGGACGCUCAGAAGAAGUUCGGGGACCUGGACUCAGCCCUGCACCAGGCCAAGGAGGACUUGGCCCGGCUGCUGCGGGACUACCAGGCCCUCAUGAACGUGAAGCUGGCCCUGGACAUGGAGAUCGCCACCUACAGGACCCUGCUGGAGGGCGAGGAGAGCAGGAUGUCUGGAGAAUGUCCCAGUGCUGUCAGCAUCUCUGUGACUGGCAACUCUACCACAGUAUGCGGGGGAGGCUCGGCCAGCUUCGGAGGGGGCGUCUCCCUGGGUGGUGCCGGGGGAGCCAGCAGAGGUGGGUUCAGCAGCAGUCUGGGCUACGGCACUGCCAAGGGGGGGCCCACCUCUGGGGGCACCUCGAUCCUGAGGAAGACCACCACUGUCAAGACAUCCAGCCGGCGGUAUUAGCCCCAGCCUUGCAAUCCAGAACCCUUCAGGCCUCUCCCCGGGUCCCCCCACCCCACUUCUAUAGCCCUCUCCAUUCACCUCCUUAGGAGCGGGAACAGCCAUGGUAGUGAAGACCGUGGGUUUUUCCAAUCACACGCUAGCAGGGUCAUGUGUAUUCUGGGAAGGGCUUUAGUCUACAAAGGGUUUUCUCUUGCUUCUGUGACCAGAAGGAUGGGGAGAUGUGCUUGGGUGAUGUUGAGGUGACAUUUUCACCACUGAGAAGAAGUCAAGCUUCUCCAGCCCUCUCGACUCUCCUCUUCCCCUUGCUCUUCUGUCCCGAGCUUUGGGCAGGCUGGGGGAGCAGGGAGGGAUAAUGAGAGUGGUCCCCAAGGGCCCUGUGGUCCCUCAUCACCCGCUCCCCCACAUGCACACCAGGUCUGUCCCUCCUACCUGGGCCUGCCAGCACCUCUUCUAUCUCUGCCAGCAACACAUCAAUAAAAUGACAACUGAAGUUACA